CGUGCUUCCCCAUGAAGGCGAUGAUUCACUAAUGGAGGGGUUGGCUUCUCCAGCAGCUGCAGCGCCGCUCUCGAGCCUGCCCCGUCUCUCUUGAUGACCUAAUUGGCGAGCAGGUCAACUAUGGAACAGUCACCUUCGCGUCUACGGUUCACCUGCCACUUUUGACACGACCUCAGCGUCCCGCACAAGUUCUGCUGAGUCCCGCACGGGUCGCCAUCAGGAUCCAGUCGCACUUUAGGACGCGGAAAAAGAGAAAGGAACAACAGCGCAACUUCUGCAGGUCCUGCUGGGUGUCUCAAGUUAACGCACAAGAUGAGUAUCAAGUCUGACUCCGAGCCAAACAACAACGUCUCUAUUGAAGAAGAGGUACGAACUCUAUUUGUCAGUGGUCUGCCGACAGAUAUCAAACCUCGUGAGCUCUAUCUGCUAUUUCGACCAUUUAAGGGUUAUGAGGGUUCACUUAUCAAGUUAACAUCAAAGCAGCCUGUUGGGUUUGUAACCUUUGAUAGUCGUUCCGGCGCUGAAGCGGCAAAAAAUGCAUUAAAUGGGGUUCGUUUUGACCCUGAAAACCCGCAGACCCUCCGGUUAGAGUUUGCUAAGGCCAACACGAAGAUGGCAAAGAGUAAGCUGAUGGGCACUCCGAAUCCCACAAAUAUCCACCCAGCUCUAGGAGCGCACUUCAUAGCACGGGACCCAUAUGAUUUGACAGGGGCAACUUUGAUCCCAGCAUCUCCAGAGGCCUGGUCUCCUUACCCCCUCUAUACCACAGAACUCAGCCCUGGCCUGCCCCACACGGCUUUCACCUACCCAGCAGCGGCCGCUGCAGCAGCUGCACUUCAUGCGCAGAUGCGCUGGUAUCCCUCCACAUCAGACUCAUCCCAGCCUGGAUGGAAAUCACGGCAAUUCUGUUAAAAUGUUUCUCUUCAAAUGGCAUCUUCCAGCUCCUGUUUAAAAUCAGUCCAGUUCAUUUGAACUUUUGGUUUUUGGAUAUUAACUCCAUUUGGAAUUUGGCCAUAAAGAGAUAAUUUGAUUAGGUAUUGAGCUUAUAUUGAAGUCAUUGCCAAUCGCACAAAAAUGAGAGGCAUCUAAAUCCUGCAGUAGACAUUAGAGGUUUAAUGGAUGAGUUUCUUGACCAAACCCCCACCCCCUUUUUUUUUUUUUUUUUUUUUUUUUUUUCUUCUCUGUCCAUUCGUUCAUUGAGAUUUUGCUUUGGGUCUACGUAAAAUGAGUAUCAAAUGAAGCUGACAUUGAGCAUGUUGGUUUUGGCAUGAAGUGGUGUUCUGUGUGUCAUUGUAGUAUGUUUGUUACUUCCAUGACCGGCGUAACCUUGUUGUUUUUGUCUUGUUAGUAGCUUGGUCAUUGAAGUUGCUUAUGCUAUGUACAAAACAAUGGCCAACUCAUUUUUGGUGGCAUGAUGUCCAUACAGAUGGUUUCCCUUGCUAGAUUCCACUUUAACACAUCACCGAAGGUCUGAUGACUUUACAAAAUGACACCUUCUCAAUCGAGAGUGUGUAUCUGGGGAAAGAAGAGUUUGUGCAAUUGAAAGAAGUAAUCUGUAAUUUAUUGGUAACUCUUUCUUUGUGGUGUUUGUUUUUGUGUCAAUGUCCUUUUAUAGCAUUUUCAGAGGUUAAGUUGUAAUUUUUUUUUUUUGUUUAGACUGUGUCAGUGCGGCACACAACUAACAGUAUAUGGACAGCAAGUUUGCUGCUAACAUGAAAUUGCUGUUUCAAGUUAAUACUCUGAAUAUUAAAAUGCUAAAAUGGUGCAUGAUUUUCAAUGUGGGUAUAGUAAUGGUUAAUUCAGACAUUAGAAAUGUAAAAAAAAAAGUACAAAAACUGCUGUAUGAUAGUAUUAAAAUGGGAAUGCAUUAAAAU